ACGAACUUCACCUAGUUCAAAAAAUAAUAUAAAAAGUGCUAAUUUAUUACCAAAAAAUAAUUGUUGAAAGGUGUAGUUGAGAUGGAUGCCUCUAACAAUAUUCAUGUAGUAGAACUCUCGUUCAAUUCCUCGGAGAUACUUUUCCAACUUUACGUGCGGAAAAAAAAUGUAGACACUUUUCUAAUUUGUUCAAACGAUGUUGUAGCUGCCCACAGCAGUGUAUUAAUGAAAAACCAUUUUUUUAGAGAACAAAUAGAAAGUAAAGAACGAAAUGGAAAGUUGGAGAUAAAUGUAAAACAAUUUUCAUCUGAAGUUAUAUUGGUGAUUUUGGAAUUGUUAUAUCGCGGGGAUGCAAGAUGUUUCCGGGAAAUUCAAAGGGAAGUCGAAAAAGCGAAACGAUUUUUCUUUUCAGAACGCUUGAAACUCAAGGUUGACAUCAAAGAAGAACCUACUGCAUCAAACAGUCUACCAAUAAACAAGAAAAUAAAAAUUGAUUCAGUUCCUCGAAGUUCCGCAGAAUCGUGUACACGACCUGUUGGUGAGCCAGUUGAAGACGAUUCCUCGGAUAAUUCCUCUUUUGUUUUCGAUUUAAACGAACCAGAGUCUCCCGAGACUGCAGUUGGUAAAUCAAAAGAAACAGAGAAAACACCUACAGAAAAUAUGGUGAUAGUGAUAGACUGAUAGAUGACCAGACUCAAUCAAACGGGGUGAUGGAAGAACCUGAGGAAUCCGAUGACACAGUAUUGGAAGUAUUAGGAGUAUUAGGAAUUAGGUGAAUUAUGUGAUGAUACCUAUAAUACUUCCAAAAUAUUGAUGAAACUCUUGUAAUAUUGUAUUUUUAUAACUCUUUCAAAUUUGCGUUGUCUAUUAUUUUUCCAAGUAAAUAAUGAGAACGAGUAUUGUGAAUAUCGA